AUGUCCAGUGGCAGGACGAGCAUUGUGUCGAUCCUGAACAACGAUGAUAACCCGUCGUUUGCCGUCCGCUCUGCUCCAAGACUCAACCGCAGCCCCAGCUCCCAAUCCGCUCAUUCGUACCAACCGGAGCAACAGCCUGCUCCCACCAGUGAACCGUUCCACGCCCGGCCGCAUGCAUUGCCCGAGUCACCGGGAGGUACCACUCGGCAUCCCUUUGACCCGGUGACGGAGGCCGCGCAGCCGACCUCUCCGGGCUCCUCAGACGGCUCAUCCGUCGCCUACGACUACUUCACCAGCCAGCCAUCAUCAUCAUCCGCCUUUCACCCGUACGCCAGGCAGGACCUGCGACGGGACCGGUACCGGUUUCCGUCACGAGGACCAGCACCCGCCCGGACGCCGCCUGAGACCCGUGCGGAGCCCCCUUCAGAAGCAACAGCAUCAUCAUCUUCUUCACAAACCCCGAGCGGGACUCGAGACACCACCGGUCGAAAGAACAAAUACCCAUGCCCGUACGCCGCCAGUCAUGGCUGCACAGCUACAUUUACAACCUCGGGCCACGCCGCACGACAUGGCAAGAAGCACACUGGCGAGAAGAGCGUGCAUUGCCCGAUCUGUAACAAGGCUUUCACUCGCAAGGACAACAUGAAGCAGCAUAUCCGCACCCACCGCAACACGCACUCGGACGAGAUGCGCUCGGCGUCGGAGCCCGAGUCGGGGCGAUGGGGGAUCCAGUCGUCUUCACACCAACGUACCGCCAGCACCGUGAGUAGCAUCAGUCAAUCCACGGAGACGGGGACCCUGCCUCGACCAACACUCGGCCCGUAA